GCUCAUAACUACAUGGAGUCUGGGCGCCCAUAAUCGUCCUCCCGGAGCUGCAGUGCUCGCGUCCCCGUGUCUCCAACUACCAGCCCGUGGGUCACCGCCGACCCCGUCGUCUGCUGGCGCAAACCGAGCGCCAUCAAGCCAGCUUCUCCAACACCCAGCAGCGGCAUAAGGAGGGACGGAGCGUCCAGGAUGCGGCUGGGCACCGUCCAUCUCUACGUCGCCGCGGCGGUCUUUGCACCGCUGGCGGCGUCCAUCUUCAUCGCUGCUCCUGAUUCGCCUUGCUCAAAAUACUGCGGCAAUGUCCAAUCCUCGACGGCCACCGACGAAAUGGUCUGCGAUGACGCCGGUCUCGCUUCCUCCGAGGGCGUCGUGUGGGAGCAAUGCAUCGGCUGCCUCCUUACUAGCACCUACGUUUCUGGCGGGCAUUCGGAUCUACAAUCGCUACUCUACAAUCUGCGCUUCAACGUGGGAUAUUGCCUGUUUGGCGGCGAAACCAAUCCAUGUGUAACAAGCACGGCAUGCGCACCACUCGGACGUGCCGUUUCGUAUAAGAAUAUGUCUACCUCGGUCGGCGCUCUCGACUAUUGCAGCAAAUGGGACCAAGGCUUCUACCCUCCGUGCAGCGAAUGCCUUAUCCCGCUCCAGCAGGACCACCUACACGGCAUAUACCAGAACAACUACGUGACGAUUCUCGAAGCCGCAUGCGAGCAGAGGCCUGAUCCCGGGUUCACCGUGUCGAUUGCCGGCGAUCCAUUCGACCCAAACGUCGCGGUCAGCAUCGUCGAGCCACACCCGGACGCAUCGAGCGUCCCAACGCCAGACUAUGGCCCCGUCUCCCUCGGGGCGCGCGUGGGCAUCGCCUUUGGCGGUCUCGCCUUCAUCCUUGUUGUCGCCGGCGUAUGUAUCGUCUGCAACGGGAAGCGCAGGCGGCGUGCCUUUCUACGCGAGCUCGAGCGCCGCCAUGGCGGACAGGGUUGGCCUCACCCAAAAACUCGCUACGGCGGCAGCAGCAGUAGCGGCGGCGGCCCGGACAUGUUCGAGACACCCGUCAGUCAGCGGCCCCUGCGCGGGUGGGAAACGGAGAGCCCCGUGAGCGCGCACACGGACGCGCCGUUCCCCCGCUACUUCAGCCCCUACUCGAGCCAGUACGCCAGCCCCGUGACGAGCCCGGAAGCGCCGGGGUCAAUCCACCACCAGUGGCCGACAUUGGUGCCGCAGCGCACAGAGCAGCAGCAGCAGCAGCAGCAGCAGUUCAACCAGAUGACACAGACACAGUCGCCGUCAACCCACGGUUCGCCUCCACCAGCGUUUUCUCAGUGGCCAACCAGCAACCAAGAGCAGAUACACGCACAGCAUGUCCAAGGACAAAACGAGCCCGCCAUUGGUAUCGCGCUCGGCGGGGACGAGGCGAGCCUACGGUCCAAGGCGUCCAAUCUCAACCUCAAUGGGUACCCGAUCGACUCCAAGGGCAAGCAGCGCGACGAGGCGUAUGAGAUGCACGAGGUCGAGAGCCCGUACGGGUAUGGGAACGGAACCGCCAACGGGAACGCGAGCUGGAACGGAAACGGAAACGGUGACUCGAAAGACCACCGCCACUACGAGUAUCCGUUCAGAAUGCCCGCCGAACCGCAGGCGCCAGUGCUGCACCACCCCGGCUACGGGAGGCACCACGGGUCACGGACUGGGCCGGGCGGCGCGGACGCGGGAGCCGGGGUAGUGGGUGUGGGCCAGUAUCCGGAUUAUCAAAGAGGAUACCCCGUUUCAUGACACGGGACCUGGUCAUGAAGUCUGUUUUCUUUGUUU